AAUCCCGCCAGCUUUUACCAUCUCUCACUCAUUUAUUUACUUUACGGUCACCGCUUUCAGGGGACAGAUACAUAGUAGGUGCCCAGUAGUGGGGCACGCGGGUCUGGAGGCACAGCUAAAAAAAAAUUUUUUUUUAAUUGCCACCAUAUCCUCCGCUCGCGCAGAGGGCAGGUAGAAACCCCGAUGAAAGGAAGGUGUUGUCCAUGAUAGCUGACGAUCGAUCGCCGGGCACAGCCGUCAGGGCGCUGUCCCCGCGCGCUCCGAUGGGACGAGAGACGCCAGCCCCAGGGUAACCGGAGGCGCGUCGCGGGCCGCGCGCUGGAAGCUGUGAUCCGGGACCGGUGCCGGGCUCUGCCGCGGCCGCAGCGACCCGACCCCACAGGACAGGCCAGAGGAGCCCAUUUUUGUAGCUCUCACGUUUCUGUAGGAUGCUGUAAACAAUUGUCACAGCUGUAUUUCAAGAAAUAGAAAGCGUUGCAACCUCUUCCUCAUCACAGAACUUUUACAGUUGCAUUCAAUGCCUAACGUUGCAGAAGCAGAAAGGGCAAAUGAUUCUGGAAAUGGUGAGCACAAAUCUGAGAGAAGGUCUCCCGAAGAGGAUCUGCAAGGUGCCGUACCAUCUUUCUGCACUCGUGCCUCAGGAGAACCCUUGGGUCCCAAAGGAGAUGGCCAUUAUCCGUGGAGCUGUCCAGUGACCCACACGCGGGAGAAAAUUUAUGCAAUUUGUUCAGACUAUGCCUUUCUCAACCAGGCAACCUCAAUCUAUAAAACUCCAAAUCCAGCCCGCUCUUCUUGCCUCCCUGAUAGUACCUCUUUAUCUGCUGGAAAUAAUUCCUCAAGAUACAUUGGCAUCCCCACCAGUACACCGGAAAUCAUCUACAAUGAAGAAAGUAGCUUGGAAAACUUAUCCAACAGCCUGGGCAAGCUACCUCUCGCAUGGGAAAUUGAUAAGUCUGAAUUUGAUGGAGUGGCCACGAAUUUGAAACACAAAUCAGGCAAUGGAAAGAAGCAAAUUUCCAAGAAAAAAACUUCAGAUAAGAAAGGAAGACAUCAAAGGGAGUGGCCUCAAUAUUCUCCUCUUGAAGAUAUUAAGCAGCGGAAAGUAUUAGACCUCAGACGAUGGUACUGCAUAAGCCGACCACAAUAUAAGACUUCUUGUGGUAUCUCCUCAUUAAUUUCUUGUUGGAAUUUCUUAUAUAGCACAAUGGGAGCUGGAAAUCUCCCAGCUAUCACCCAAGAAGAAGCUCUACAUAUUUUGGGUUUUCAACCCCCAUUUGAGGAUAUUAGAUUCGGCCCUUUCACUGGAAAUACGACACUUAUGAGGUGGUUUAGACAAAUUAACGACCACUUCCAUGUAAAAGGAUGCUCAUAUGUUCUAUAUAAGCCUCAUGGGAAGAAUAAAACAGCUGGAGAAACUGCUUCUGGGGCCUUGUCGAAGUUGACUCGUGGACUGAAAGAUGAAUCGUUAGCUUACAUCUACCAUUGCCAAAAUCAUUAUUUUUGUCCAAUUGGCUUUGAAGCAACCCCUGUUAAAGCUAAUAAAGCGUUCAGCAGGGGCCCCCUCUCACCACAAGAAGUGGAAUAUUGGAUCUUAAUUGGAGAAUCAAGUAGAAAACAUCCUGCUAUUCACUGUAAAAAAUGGGCAGAUAUUGUUACUGAUCUAAACACUCAAAAUCCAGAAUAUCUAGAUAUCCGGCACUUAGAGAGGGGGCUGCAGUACCGAAAAACAAAGAAGGCUGGGGGGAAUUUGCAUUGCAUCAUAGCAUUCCAGAGACUUAACUGGCAAAGAUUUGGCCUUUGGAACUUUCCGUUUGGAACCAUUAGACAAGACUCGCAACCUCCAACACAUGUCCAGGGAAUUGCCAAAUCUGAGAGUGAGGACAAUAUCUCCAAGAAGCAGCACGGGCGUCUGGGCCGGUCUUUCAGCGCUAGUUUCCAUCAGGACUCGACAUGGAAAAAGGUGCCCAAUAUUAGCAUUUGGUUAAACCAAGCACUGAAAGGAGUCCGGGAUCGCCAUGGGAACUCGAUAGAAAAUGCUCAUCUUCUCACUUUGUUCCAUCGGCUCUGCAAACUCUUAUUUUUUCGAAUUCGUCCUAUUUUUGUGUUUGAUGGGGACGCUCCACUACUGAAGAAACAGACUCUGGCUAAGAGAAGGCAGAAAAAGGACUUGGCAACCAGUGACUCCAAAAAAACUACAGAGAAGCUUUUGAAAACAUUUUUGAAAAGACAAGUUAUCAAAACUGCCUUAAAAAGCAAAAGGGAGGAAGCACUUCCCAGUCUUACUCAAGUUCAAAGAGAAGACAUCUAUGCUUUGCCACCUUUGCAAGAGAAAGAGAAAAAUAGUUCAGAGGAGGAGGAUGAAAAAGAAUGGCAGGAAAGAAUGAAUCAAAAACAAGCAUUACAGGAAGAGUUCUUCCAAAAUCCUCAUGCAGUCGAUAUUGAGUCUGAAGACUUUAGCAGCCUACCCCCUGAAAUAAAACAUGAAAUCUUGACUGAUAUGAAAGAAUUUACCAAGCGAAGAAGAACACUAUUUGAAGCAAUGCCAGAGGAGUCCAAUGACUUUUCACAAUAUCAGCUCAAAGGCUUGCUUAAAAAAAACUAUCUAAACCAACACAUAGAAAAUGUCCAAAAGGAAAUGAAUCAGCAGCAUUCAGGACAAAUCCAAAGGCAAUAUGAAGAUGAAGGAGGCUUUCUGAAGGAGGUAGAGUCAAGGAGAGUGGUCUCUGAAGACACUUCACAUUACAUCUUGAUAAAAGGUAUUCAAGCUAAGAAGGUGGCGCAGGUGGAUUCGGAGUCUCUUCGUUCACGCAGUGAAACGCACGGCAGCUCUCCUGACGCGAGGUCGUCACCGCCUGAAACACCGGAGCUAAAGAGCGAGCCGGGCGCCGCGCCGCGCUCCCCGACAGCCUCCCCGGCGCGGGGCGGCUGCUCAGACCACCAGCGCCCCGGGCGGAGCGCGCCCGCGCCCGCCCCCGCCCGCGAGGCUGCCGUGUCGCCGCUGACCCUCGCCGCCAUUCAGAGGGCUCUCGACGACGACGACGACGAUGACGACGUGAAGGCGUGCGCCGGAAGGGACAGAAAGCCCAGACCGCUGGAGAGCAGCUCGGACGAGGAGGCCGAGGGCGGGCCUGCGGCGGCCGGGGCCGGGGCCGCUGCGGGCCUCGCGGGGCAGCCGGGCGGCGGGGGAGCGCCGACGUCCUGGGCGCUCUCCCCGGGCGCGGACGCUGGUGGAGGCGGCGGCUCCAGCGUCACCAAGGAACAGACGGCAUGCGCUCCCCCGGGGGAGGAAGCCUUUCAGACAAGCUCUGAGGCCACGGUUGAGGGCGGAAGAGAGCCAGCUCCGUUGGAAAGCGCCGCGGUGCUGCACAGGGACGCACGCGGGCUCCCGGGGGGCCGGGCGCGGACGCCGACACCGCCGGCACGUCCAAGUUCUCUGCCGAGGAGCGCAGCGCUGGAGCUGCAGCAGCGUCUCCUUCCACCCGAGAGUCAGCAUGAGACCUCUGUUCUCUCAAGUGAUGACGAAGGAGAAUCUGAAAAAAACCCUGCUCCUGCAGGCACCGUCGGUUUGCAAGAAUCGAGUGACACGCUAAGUGUCCCUUUAGAGACAAUAAGAGACGCAGGAGAUGGGGCGUCAAUUACUGCCAAAGAGCGUGAGCAUUUCUUGAAAACCAUCCGAGAACAGGAGACCAUCGAGUCUGCAGGCCGAGGUUUAAUGUCAGUUCCAGAGUCCAUGGGACCCACGGAAGUAGACUCUGAAGAAAGUGAAUCUGAUGGAAGUUUCAUUGAAGUGCAGAGUAUAAAGAGCAGUGAUGAACUUCAAGCUGAGCUCCUCGAAGCUUCCAGACCUCCCUCUGGACAAGGUGAAGAGGAACAGAUAGGAGCUGAGGAGCAGGAAGCCACUGGUGACUCAGGGGGCCUCCCGAGAGACAGCUUGGAGAGGGAAGAAACUGAAAAAGAUGCAGACGAUUCGCUCAGUGAAUGGCAAGAUAUCGACCUGGAGGAGCUGGAGACUCUGGAGAGCAGCCUUUUAACGCAGCAAAAUUCACUGAAGGCUCAAAAACAGCAGCAAGAACGGGUCGCCGCUACUGUGACGGGACAGAUGUUCCUGGAAAGCCAGGAGCUGCUUCGCCUCUUCGGCAUCCCCUAUGUCGAGGCUCCCAUGGAAGCAGAAGCUCAGUGUGCCAUCCUCGAUCUGACCGAUCAAACUUCCGGAACCAUCACCGAUGACAGUGACAUUUGGCUGUUUGGAGCACGGCACGUCUAUAAAAACUUUUUUAAUAAAAACAAGUUUGUAGAAUAUUACCAGUACGUGGACUUUCACAACCAAUUAGGAUUGGACCGGAGCAAAUUAAUAAAUUUGGCCUAUUUGCUUGGAAGUGAUUAUACAGAAGGAAUACCAACUGUAGGUUGUGUUACAGCCAUGGAAAUUCUCAAUGAAUUCCCUGGACAUGGCCUGGAACCUCUCCUAAAAUUCUCAGAGUGGUGGCAUGAAGCUCAAAAGAAUAAGAAGAUAAGACCUAAUCCUUAUGACACCAAAGUGAAAAAAAAGUUACGCAAGUUGCAGCUCACUGCUGGCUUCCCUAACCCGGCCGUGGCAGACGCUUACCUCAAGCCUGUGGUGGAUGAGUCCAGGGGGUCGUUUCUUUGGGGCAAGCCCGAUCUCCACAAGAUUAGAGAAUUUUGUCAGCGGUAUUUUGGCUGGAACAGGACGAAGACAGAUGAAUCUCUGUUUCCUGUAUUAAAGCAACUGAAUGUCCAGCAGACACAGCUCCAAAUUGAUUCUUUCUUUAGAUUAGCUCAACAGGAGAAACAGGAGGCUAAGGGUAUUAAGAGCCAGAGACUCAACAGAGCUGUGACGUGUAUGCUGAGAAAAGAAAGAGAAGAAGCAGCCAGUGAAAUGGAAGCAGUUUCUGUUGCCAUGGAGAAAGAAUCUGAGUUCCUCAAUAAGGCAAAAGGGGAAACCCAGAAGAGAGGCACAGCAAAUAGAUGGAAAGAGUCAUCCAGCCCGAAAAGAAAGAGGCUUUCCGAUUCUAAACGAGGGAAUGAAUGCGGUGGGUUUUUGGGAGAGGCCUACCUCUCACAGUCAUCUGAUGCCUCUUCAAGUGAAGAUGCGGAAUAUUUCCCUGGAAUGAGCACGCGAAGGGGGAAAGCAGCGGGAGAGUCAAAAGCCGGCUCUUCAGGUGCACAGAGCACAGUGCAGACCGCUUCUGGGAGAGACGGAGGUACCGCCACGAGCAGCUCCAGUGAUGACGAUGGAGGGAAGGCGAAGCCUGUCCUGGUGACCGCCCGGUCUGUCUUUGGGAAGAAAAAGGGGAAACGGAGAAGUAUGAGAGGAAGGAUGAAGAAAACCUAAAGACACCUAAAUACGCACACGUUCUCUCUACCUGGGUACAGCUUAACAUCUCAUCAUGAAUUUGUUGUGAGGAAAUAAUAAAAUUGAGAGUA